AGUGCUUCCCUUUAACGUACAUCAACGUUUGCCGCGCAAGGCGACCCGGCAUAGCGACCGUCGUCGAUGUCCUUGGGCCAUCGAGGCCGAUAUCCGCUUGCUUACGUAAAGGGACCACAACGUAAUGUAAUUUCGGCUACUGAUAUGAGCCGCAGCACAUAGAAGGCAACGCGAAAGCGCAUUGUUAGUAAGCAAGCACCACUGUGCAGUUUGCCACCUGCAUAUCCAGACAUGGCUAGGGGACACAUGCACUGGAGUGACUGGAGCUCCCUUCCGGAUGGGCCAUGUGAGCUCGUCUCGGAGCUGCUGCCGCGCACCGCUCAACUAGCAUGCCGCCUCGUCUGCCGCUCCUGGCGCCGCUGCUUCACCCACGCCCUCACGCCCCUCACCCUGGACACACGCUUCCACAGCAUCCUGCUCCUCCCACCGCCCUCCGCUCCCUCAGCCCCAUCCGCACCUGCGGCCAGCACCAGCGCCUCCCUCUCCCCUUCUACCUCCCACGUCGGCCCCAUCUUAGACCCGUCCUUCGCCUCCCUCACAGCCGCCAUAGGGCCCUCCCUGCACUCCGUCACCCUCCGAGUCGCGCUACAUCACGAAUCCAAAGCCCGCGCAGCGCCCUGCGCCGACGCCUGCGUCGCCUGCCUCCGCCUGCUCGCCUCCCUGCCGUACUACAACCAGAGCCGACUGCAGCUGCAACUGCCGCUGCGGUACGCCCUACCGGAAUCCGUUACGACGGCGCUGCUGUACGGCGGCGGUCUGACGCGGCUUCGAAGUGUACGGCUUGUACGGUGCUCUGUGACUCAGCAGCUGGCGGCGGCGCUGGGCGGCAUGCCGGCGCUGCGGCACCUGUGCCUGGCUCACGCUAACCUGGCUGCGCUGCCGCAGCUGCUGCAGGCGGCGACACAGCUGGAGCACCUGCACGUGCACGGGUACCACAGCCUGGUGAUUGUGGAGGACAACGCGCACCAGCAUGCCGUGUGGCGGGCCGCUCGGGCGCUGCUGCAGCGGGACAGGGGGGAACAGGGCGGCAGCGCUCAGGAUGGCAGCAGCGGUAGCAGCGGCGGCGGCGCUCCCUCUCCUGUUUGCAAGGAAGCAGGCGGGGCAGCAGCAGGAGCAGCAGCGGCACCACCAGGAGGUCCCCGGUUGCGUUGCUUAGCGAUCUCCGCUCACCACCUGUACCACGAUACCGUACUGGAUGAGACGGAACUGGAUUUCGAGGCGGAGGCGCUUCGCUGGCAGAUACGGUACGGCAGCUGCUCGUACGGCAGCUGCAUCCACGCUAGCGGCAACAGCGGCGGCGCUGGCGGUGGUUCCGGUGCUUCGUCGCAUGUGGGCGCAUGCAGCAGCGUACCGGC